AAUACUACAUAAGACCUUGCCCUUCUCCACAGUAUCUGGUGUUAAAUCUCAUUAUGAGGAUCCUUUCAGCCCGGGGUUGGGAUUGGAAGUGAGACAUUGAAACUUCAAGGGCUGAGUUCUGGCCCGGGUGGGGAUUUGCCAUGGAGCAAAAUAGCCUCUUGCAGCACAUACGGGGUUUCCUGUGCCGGGCACUGUCCUAAGUCCUUCUCAACUCUUUCGUCAUUGAGUUCUCAUAGCAGUCCAGUGAGCCAGGUACCAUUCCUCUCUUCAGUCCACGGUGCCAGGUCACUUGGCUAGGGUCCCACUGGGAGUUCGAAGGAAGCCAGGCUAGAGCUCAGGCCUUUCACCAGCUGGAGGUCUUUCCCAGACUCUCUAAGGUGAGAGUUGGUGAAUGGUGUCAGCCUGGGCCUGGAUGAGUGACCCACGGUGCUCAGUGAAUUUCAGGAACAGAGCCAGGGGAUGCUGCGGUCGGGGGUGUCUUGAUGGGGGAGAAGCAGGGCUGGGCGCUCACCUGGCUUCUCCGGACCUGCAGGUCCAGCCUCGCUCUCCUUCCCCCAAGCACCUCUGGCCCAAGGCCUGCCCACUUGCUGGAGCUGGCCCCUUGGUAAGGCUGCUGGGAGGGCCCGUGCUGCCAGGGCGGUCAGGGUCAGUGUCGGAGGUGCCGAAGGGACGCCCAAGGGGGUGCCCAGGUGGCAAGGUGCCUGUAUGCUCAGGGAAGCCACGUCCCAGCUCGUGGGUGGGUGCAGCAGAGGCCCACAUGACCUUGCUGCUGACAUUCCUCAGAGGCCAUGUGGCCCCAACUGGCAGCGACAGCUGCAGACAGGCUGAACCAGCUUUGUUCCCAGGGUGGCGCCUGCUCUCCAUCCAGGCCCCACUCCGGCUCCCACCCGAUGCUGCUUUUGUUCCCAUGUUUCGGGAGGCAGCUGGCACUGUGAUUCCUGCCCCAUGAGUGCCUAGAAGCACGGAGCCACCAGGGAUCACCCCACGUGGGGCACAGGGCUUGGGGAGGAUGGGGCAGGACCAGACCAAGCAGCAGAUCGAGAAGGGGCUCCAGCUGUACCAGUCCAACCAGACAGAGAAGGCAUUGCAGGUGUGGACAAAGGUGCUGGAGAAGAGCUCGGACCUCAUGGGGCGCUUCCGCGUGCUGGGCUGCCUGGUCACGGCCCACUCGGAGAUGGGCCGCUACAAGGAGAUGCUGAAGUUCGCUGUGGUCCAGAUCGACACGGCCCGGGAGCUGGAGGAUGCCGACUUCCUCCUGGAGAGCUACCUGAACCUGGCACGCAGCAACGAGAAGCUGUGCGAGUUUCACAAGACCAUCUCCUACUGCAAGACCUGCCUUGGGCUGCCUGGUACCAGGGCAGGUGCCCAGCUCGGAGGCCAGGUCAGCCUGAGCAUGGGCAAUGCCUUCCUGGGCCUCAGCGUCUUCCAGAAGGCCCUGGAGAGCUUCGAGAAGGCCCUGCGCUACGCCCACAACAAUGAUGACGCCAUGCUCGAGUGCCGCGUGUGCUGCAGCCUGGGCAGCUUCUAUGCCCAGGUCAAGGACUACGAGAAAGCCCUGUUCUUCCCCUGCAAGGCGGCAGAGCUUGUCAACAACUAUGGCAAAGGCUGGAGCCUGAAGUACCGGGCCAUGAGCCAGUACCACAUGGCCGUGGCCUAUCGCCUGCUGGGCCACCUGGGCAGUGCCAUGGAGUGUUGUGAGGAGUCUAUGAAGAUCGCGCUGCAGCAUGGGGACCGGCCACUGCAGGCGCUCUGCCUGCUCUGCUUCGCUGACAUCCACCGGAGCCGUGGGGACCUGGAGACAGCCUUCCCCAGGUACGACUCCGCCAUGAGCAUCAUGACCGAGAUCGGAAACCGCCUGGGGCAGGUGCAGGCGCUGCUGGGUGUGGCCAAGUGCUGGGUGGCCAGGAAGGCACUGGACAAGGCUCUGGAUGCCAUCGAGAGAGCCCAGGAUCUGGCCGAGGAGGUGGGGAACAAGCUGAGCCAGCUCAAGCUGCACUGUCUGAGCGAGAGCAUUUACCGCAGCAAAGGGCUGCAGCGGGAACUGCGGGCGCACGUUGUGAGGUUCCACGAGUGCGUGGAGGAGAUGGAGCUCUACUGCGGCCUGUGCGGCGAAUCCAUAGGCGAGAAGAACAGCCGGCUGCAGGCCCUACCCUGCUCCCACAUCUUCCACCUCAGGUGCCUGCAGAACAACGGGACCCGGAGCUGUCCCAACUGCCGCCGCUCAUCCAUGAAGCCUGGCUUUGUAUGACUCCUGGCAGCAGGCGUGGGCUUCCUCCUCGCCACUCCUGCUCUUUCUCCACUGCACGCCAGAGGCCCAUUUACUCCUGGGGCAGCUGCCAGGUCAUCCUCACCACAGCCAAGGCCUUGGGGCCUGCCCACGGCUGCUCCCCUGGGCCCAGCUCCCCUCCCUGCCUCUUUGUACUUUGCUCUUUAUAGAAAAAUAAACUGUUUGUA